UACAGCAUACGAGAGUAUAAAUGUAACUCAAUAUAUUAUUCUUAACUUAGUUUAAUUAUGGUUGUAAAUUAUCAUCGGGGAGAGCGUUGAAGAUGAUGGAGGCCAGCUGUUCCAGAUUCACAGCAGCCGAGGGUGGUGCCCGGUUGGUUGCUGCUGCCGCGGAGAAGAAUAUUCUGGUCGUAGAACAUACCACCUUCAUUUCCACACGGCUGCUGUAUGAGGAAGCGCAUAAAAUACGAGGAAAGUUCUCGACGGGUCGUCAGAGGUCUGUGCAAGUAACUCGCGCAUCUAAAAUAGAAAGUAUUGUUUAUGACUAUCGCGCGCUGACAGACCUCAGCCUGGUCUCCGCCCACAAGUAUGAUGAUGUACAGGACUGGCGGCACGAAGUUGAGGAGAACGAGGUGUUGGUGUGUACAUCGGAGGUACUAAAGCGGUUAUUUGAAGACAAUAUUCUCGGGAUGAAGGACUUGAAUGUAUUAAUAAUAGACAGCUGUCAUUUAAUAUAUAGAGAUGAGAAUCUCAAAUAUAUCUUAAAACAAUACAAGAAGUGUGAGCAAGACAAUAGACCUAGAAUACUGGCACUAACCUAUCCACUAUUUAAUUCCAUAAAAAUUGAUAGCAGUAAUGAAAGUAAAGUUAAUGAAUCAGCUCAACCCAUAGCUAAUGUUGAACUAGAUAAUACCAUAGUUAAAGACGAUCCAGAGACAGAUAUAGAUAGAAUAGCAGAGACAAUUAGUGAUAAUUUGAAACUUAACGAAACAAAAUGUACAAUAGAUAAAAUCAUAGACAAUGAUAGUAAAUCUAAUGUAACAGACAAAUUUGAUGAUAUAAAUUCAAAAUUAGAACAGAUAAAUAUAGACACAGAUAAUACGAACAAAUCAGAGAAUGGAAUCAUAGAUAAUAAGAAGAAAGAAGAGACUGGGCAAUCGCAAGAAACCAGUAAUGUUGUGAAUGAAAUUGGUGUAUAUAGGAAUUUUGAUGAUUUCGCUAUGUAUGAGCAGUUAGAGUGGAAAAUCGAUGAAUUGGAGAAAGAGUUGUGCUGUCAAAUGGAUCUGGCUGAGGAUAUUGACAAUGGAAAGAGGUUGACAUUACCUUUAACGAAGUUAAUGGAACUGAUCAUAGAACACAGACCUCGUCCCACAUUGGAAGAACUGCCCCAACCGUGCAUGGAGUUGGAGAGGUUCAUGAGACAGACUGUAGGUGAUGCCAUGGCAUUUCUAGAUGACCACAGAUAUGACCUGACAGAGAUAUACGGAGAAGAUAUGAUUGAUGAGUUCAAGGAUAUUCCAGACCCAAGAAUAGUCCCUAAACAUUUGUUUACACAAUUCCUCUACAUUCUGGAUCAAUUAGGUCCUUAUGCAGCCGACAAAGCAGCGUUCUCUCUACUAAGUAAGCUGGAAACACUCCGUAUAAAAACUCCAUACGAACGUCAUUUCCUAUUACUCCGAGUAUGUACAACUGUCUUCAUAAAGAUGCGUUGCUACACUGACCAGCUGUUUUCAACUUACGCCACAGAUUGGGAUAAAAUAAAACACUUCAGUACCCCAAAAGUGUUGCGUCUAGUCGAGAUACUGGAGAAGUUUCAACCCGAAGACAGGGAUAAUGCAAACUGUGACAAAGUUAGAAUGUUGAGUGAUAUUGAAAAGUGCGAUUUUGUCUCUUUAGGCGACAAAAUCGAGGAUAAAGUUAACACAAUCAAAUGUAAUUUAAAAGAAAUAGUUACUGAUGAUCAAGUGCAUUGCAAUAAAGGUCAUGAUACCGUAAAUACUUGUGAUAGUGCCGGAAAUAGCUCUAAUAAUAACAAAAAUACACUUAACAGUACCACAGAUCAAAUCAAUACUCCUAGAGAUAAGCUUGAUUCCGCUGAAAAGCUGAAUACUUCUGCAUCUAAAUUUGAUUCAGCUAGAAAUGAAGUUGAUAAAGCUGGAAAUAAAGUUGAUACAGCUGGAAACAAAGUCGAUACAGCUGGAAACAAAGCUGAUACAGCUGGAAACAAAGUUGAUACAGUUGUAAAUAAAGUUGAUCAGGAGAAAAGUGGUGGUUUAUGGCCUACAAAACGCACAGGUCCCCGGUUAAGGGGUAGAGGAAGGCCAGUGAGAAAUAAUGCAGGCAGAGCUCAGCAACAACAGCAGAAUCCUGAUGCGUUGUGUGGUGUUAUGUUCAUGAAUGAACCGUUGAUGGCCAAGAUUAUGUUCUAUUUGAUUGUGGACAUGACUCGUUCUAAUCCUGCCCUGGCGUUCCUCCGCGCGCAGUACUGCGCCGCUGACAGUGAAUCCACAGAGCCUCGCGACUACCAGCGGCAAGGGAAGAAGCAGGAGGACGUGCUGAAGAAAUUUCGAAUGCAUGAAUGCAACCUACUGCUGGCCACCUCGGCGCUGGAAGAGGGAAUAGAUUUGCCCAGGUGUAACCUGGUACUACGAUGGGAUAUACCUUCGUCGUAUCGGUCGCACGCGACUGUCCGCGGGCGGGCGCGGGCGCCGCGGGCCGCCGCGACUAUAGUUUGCGCGCGGGCUGACUCGCCACGAGUCCUGCGACACGUCGCCGUCUACGCAGAGCUCGAUCAGAUGAUAAGUCGCAAAUGUGGAUGCGGUAUACAAGACGAACCACCACAAACAGAAGAAGACCACGCCGAUACCUUCACAUUCCUCGUUAAACCUUACACUCCACAUGACAAUCUAGAAAAGACAUUACAAAUUACAUUACAAGUAAAUAAAGACAAAGACAACGACAAAACUGUAACUAACGAAGCUACAUCUAACAUAAAUGCCAAUGAUGUGGAACAAAAUGUAAAUAUAGAAAAAGACACAAGUAAAACAGACUUAGAUAGUGAAACAAAUCAUCUACAACUUAGUAAAAAUGCUCUCUGUGACAAUAUUACAAAGUUAGACGAUACAAUUGGUGAUAUAAAUAAAACUAAAUACAUUCCCACAAAUAUAGAAGAAAUGAAACAGCAAAAAACGAAAAUACAAGAAUUAUUAACGAUGAAUGGAGUAAUUGAAACGAAAAAUGCUAUGAAUAAAAUUAAUGUAACACCAAAUGGCUAUAUUAGUAAUGAAAUAUGUGAUAUAUAUAAUGAUAAUAAUAAAGAUGUUAUUGUUACACGUAAUAACGAAGAAACGAAUAAAUCUAAUGCAGUAGAUCAAAUUUAUAUCAAAACUAAUGAUCUUGAAGAGCAAAUGUGCAAUAAUUUAGAAAAUAUACAGAAUAAUUGCAAUAUUUUAGUUAAUAAUGAUAAUAUAGAAACGAAAUUAAUUAAAACACUAAUGAUAGGAGAUAAUGUAUCAGCUGACAACCAAAGUGAUAUUAAAGUAGAAAUGGUAGCUAAUAGUGAUGUAAUAAAUUUAGAUAGGCCUUCAGAAGUUGAUAUUAAUACUGGAAAUGAGUGUUCUAAUAGCAAUUCUAUAAAUACGGGUAAUAGAGUUGAAAAUGUGUGUGAGAGUAAGAAAGAGAAUGAAGCUAAAAUUGAUGUUGCCAGUGUUGAUCUUAGCACAGCAAUACCUCUUAUUAAUAGGUAUUGCGCGAAACUACCGUCAGAUACAUUUACAAGACUAGCGCCCCAGUGGUGGAUAGAACAGGUGCACCUUCCAGUCCAGGGUACUGGGGAGACCAGUCCAGCAUAUAUAUGCACACUUCGUUUGCCGCUCAACUGCCCUGUUAAAUAUAAUAUUGUUGGUCACCCGAUGCCGACUAGGGUGCUGGCUCGCCGUAUGGUUGCACUCCAAGCGUGCCGGAUAUUACACAAGUCCGGUGAACUGGAUAACCAACUUAUGCCCAUAGGCAAGGAAAAUUUCAGAGCGGCCGAACUGGAGUCCACUGUUGGGUGUCUUAAUGGGGACCUGGGGGACCCUAACGACUUGGCCCGACCGGGAACAACAAAACGCAGGCAGUAUUAUUAUAAAAAGACAGCGUGGGCGUUCCGAUUGCCACCGCUUUAGUCCAAUGACUCAGAGAUCGACGCAACAAACAUAACCGGAUAUCAACCGAAAAUCACAAAUGAUGCAGGUGAAACGAAAUCUGGCAAAAGGAACAUGUUAUACGCCAUAGUGUCUCGUCUAUGGUGCGGGCUGCCAGAGAGGUACAACACACGUGGUCGCCGUCUGCACGCUCCCCAGCACGCUACACAGGCGUUAGGCAUACUGAUGGCCAGGGACAGGCCUGACAGGCUGCAGAUACCCCCGUUCCCGGUGUACACGAGAUCUGGAGAAGUGCGUGUUUGGGUGGACCAUGUUGCAGAUGCUGAUGUUAGGCUCUCCCCAAGAAGAGCUAAACUCAUACGCAGAUUCAUGAGGUUCGUGUUCGCGGAGGUGCUGCGUGUGCAGCGGCGAGGUAUGCGGCUACAAGCCGAUGGCGCUACACACAACAACUACUACAUAGUGCCCACAGUCAAAUCAUUAAAAGAAGAUGGCACCGCACACAUAGACAUCGACUGGUCCUUCCUGGAGCUGAUAUACCAACACACAGAGCAAAAGGACCACUCCGAUAUAGACAAACAUCUAUUCUUCGCGGAAAGAGAGAGAGAGAAGAACACCGAGAAAGAGAAGGAGAGUGACAGAGCGAAGAAGAUGGAGAACCCGCUGCUGAAGGCCGGUGAAGUGUUUCGGUUCGAUCCGGAGAAGUAUAAGGAAGCUGUUGUGACGCCGUGGUACAGGAAUCAGGACCAGCCUCAGUUUUUUCUAGUGGCCGAAAUAUGCUGGAACUUGAACCCCGACUCCGCGUUCCCGUCGGCCACGCACGCCAGCUUCCGCGAGUACUACAGCAGCAAGUACGGCGUCACGCUCACGCAGAGCGACCAGCCACUGCUGGACGUCGACCACACCAGCGCCAGGCUCAACCUCCUCACGCCCAGAUACGUGAAUAGGAAAGGAGUUGCGCUGCCCGUGUCGUCUGAACGCACGAGGCGAGCCAAGCGAGACAGGUUGGACCAGAAACAGAUCCUAGUACCCGAGUUGUGUCGGGUUCACCCCUUCGCUGCGCCACUGUGGUUCGCCACUGUUGCAUUACCUUGCAUUCUGUACAGGAUCAAUGCUCUGCUAAUAGCAGACGAGAUCAGACGCGCUGUGGCCAUCGAUGUCGGUCUCGGUAUACCCAAGAUUGACGACACCGACUACCCAGGCUUCCAGUGGCCGCCGUUGGAUUUUGGCUGGAGUCUUGCUGAGGUUCUCAAUGCAGACUCGGAAAGAAGUGAAAAGAAGAGGGACGAAGAAGAUACAGAUGGGAAGGAAUCGAACACAGAGGAUUCCAACGCAAUAGAAGAUAGUAAAGAAGAAUCCAGCGCAGAAGAGAAGACAAUAAAUGAUAUUUUACAAGAGAAGGAGGAUGCUGAGAAUACGUUCGAGAUUGGCACUUGGAGUAACGAGAUGGCAUCCAACAUACAAACAACCGAGUACAACGAAUUCCUUGAACCGUUACCUUCCAACCUGACGCUGUGCACAUCCGCUUCUGGUGGCGUGGACUGGUCUGAGAGAACCAAGAGGCAGUUCAAUCCUACUCACCCCCACACUCUAGCGGACAGCGACUGCUCCUAUAUGUCCAGUGAAUUCGACACGGACGAUACGGAUUCUGAUAUGAGCGAUGACAACGAUGGCUUUAUGUCGAAUCUUAGCCCUAUGAGCUUCCGGAUAGAGUACAAAACGCCCCACGAGGCCGAAGCGUUUGAUGUGGAACGAAAGAAAGUGAAUCCCGCGCCGCUACCCGACGCCGAGGAUGACGCGGCCGACCGCGCCGUGCAUGACGCACUAGUACGCACAGGGAACGCGCCCAAGGAGUAUAUAGAGAAGUUCUAUAAAUCGGUCGUAUCACACGAGAAUAACAUAGUCGCAAGAGGUUACCUCAUCAAAGAUGACAAGCGUAUAGACAGUAUACUGCCAAAUAAUACACAAAAAUCCAUCAGUCCCGAACAAAAGGAUGCCUCGAAACUUCUAGAAAUGUUCCCUUAUAAUAAUAUCGAGUUUUCCAACGGAAAAAUUGAUAUUGAAACGAUAGAAAGGAACAAACGGUUGCUGCUGUCGGAAUUAAAAAAAAGUUCGUCUAUGGAUGAGAUUAAAAAGUUGAAAUGUUUCUCUAUGGUCGAUGUGGAUAUAGACGCAGAGGGUUACGUCAACGAGAAGGUUUUGAAUAUUGGUUUUAAUGCUAAAGAAAAUUAUAUAGAUAAAGUUAGUAAAUGGGAGACUACAAAGGAUUUUGUACCUUAUUAUGAAGACGUGAAGGUGCAGAAUGAGAAGGAGUUUGAUUUUGAUUAUCAGCCGAAGUUAGAAGGUCAUCCGGGGCCGAGCCCUAGUGUUAUUUUGCAGGCCCUGACGAUGUCCAAUGCCAAUGACGGUAUCAACCUGGAACGUCUGGAGACCAUCGGAGACAGCUUCCUGAAGUUCGCCAUCACAGCCUACCUGUACUGCGCCCACCCCACCGUCCACGAGGGGAAACUCAGCCACAUGAGGAGUAAGCAGGUGUCGAACCUGAACCUGUACCGGCUGGGUCGGUGCCGGCGACUGGGCGCGCGCAUGAUCGCGAGCAAGUUCGAGCCACACGACAACUGGCUGCCGCCCUGCCACCGCCCGCCGCCCACGCUGCUGCCGCAACACCACCACCAGAGUGAUACACAAGAGCGCGUCAUACCUGAAUCUUCAUUGGACUCCUCUGGCUGUUUCAUACCUUACAACCUCAUCACCCAGCACAGCAUACCAGAUAAAUCGAUAGCGGACUGCGUGGAGGCAUUGAUCGGGGCGUACUUACUGGAGUGUGGGCCUCGUGGAGCCCUGCUGUUCAUGUCGUGGCUGGGGCUCCGGGUGCUGCCCCAACACGACCUGCCGCUGCCCCCCGACCACCCGUACUGCAGGCCGAGACCAGAGGGCGCCACUGUGCAGAAACCAGCUCCGCAGCCGUCGACGGAGCACUCGUACGACACCUCAGACUCUGGCACGGAGCUGUCAUCCGACGAGGAAUGUGAGGAGCAGCAGCAGCAUCAGGAGCUGGCGCCACACGACUGGAGCUGGCCCGGCAGGCCCGUCGGAUCCCUGCGGCCCUACAGGGACGACCAGGGCCGGUGGAUGCAGCCUAUAUUCGGCGAGUUAAAAGCACCCCCGUCUCCUCUGCUACGGUACAUAGAAGACCCUGAGGGGGAAUUGGAACAAAUGUUAUCAGGAUAUGAUGCUCUCGAGAGGACACUGCAGUACAGGUUCAAGGAUCGCUCUCUCCUUCUGCAGGCGUUGACACACGCUUCUCAUAACACAAACAGACUGACCGACUGCUAUCAACGACUUGAGUUCCUCGGCGACGCCAUACUAGACUACCUGAUCACGCGGCACCUAUACGAGGACUCCCGGCGUCACUCGCCCGGCGCGCUCACAGACCUGCGGUCAGCUCUGGUCAACAAUACCAUCUUUGCAGCUCUAGCAGCCAGGCACUCCUUCCACAAAUACUUCCGGCAUAUGUCUCCGGGCUUGAACGAGGUGCUCACAAAGUAUGUGAAAAUACAAGAGGAGAAUGGACAUUCUAUUAGUGAAGAGCAUUACUUGAUACAAGAGGACGAGAUGGAGCAGGCAGAGGAUGUGGAGGUACCGAAGGCAUUGGGUGACCUGUUCGAAUCCGUCGCUGGCGCUAUAUUCCUCGACUCUGGGAUGUCUCUGGAUGCUGUAUGGAAGUCCUACGUAAACCUCAUGGGCGCAGAAUUGGAAGCUUUCAGCGCUGCCGCCCCCAAGUCUCCCGUCAGAGAAUUGUUAGAGGCAGAACCUGAUACUGCCAAGUUUGGCAAACCGGAGCGUCUGGCCGAUGGUCGUCGUGUUCGCGUCUGCGUCGAAGUGUUUGGACGCGGCGUGUUCAAAGGUGUCGGUCGCAACUACCGCAUCGCAAAAGGUACAGCCGCCCGCUGUGCUCUGCGACAUCUGCGCGCCUCGUCAGCCGCUGGUAAACCGCAGUGUUAGUAGCGAAAACGGUAGAAAAAGAUACGUAAAGAAGAUAGAAAAGGUGAGGCGAGAGUUGAAAAGAUAAUUGACAAUGAUUUAUACACGGUAGAAAAAAAGGAGUAUAGAGAAGAUGUGACAAAAGUUGAAAAAGGGAAUUCAAAAUUAUUUAGAAACGGUAGAAAAGAAAGAUAUAUCAAGAAGAUAGAGAAGGUGGGGCAAAAGUUGAAAAGGAAGACCCAAAAUGAUUUAAAGCCAGUUAACUAGGUUCUUGGAUGGGCUACAUUCAAAAGGAAAGAAAAGAAGUUGGAAGAAUAAGAACAGAAUUUUA